GCACAAGCUCUAGCAACAGAAAUUUGCCCAAUAAUUUUUCUAACCAGAUGAGUCAAUUUGAUUCCAAGCACAAGUAUUUAAAGUAAAUCCAAAGAACUAUUUUUUCCACCAAACUUGUGAUUAGAGGUUAAAGUAUACAUUUCAAGAUUGUUUUCAUUUCAUUUUCAAUUACAUUCUAGAGAGGGAGAGAGAUGGAAAUGGGAAGAGAUUUGAAAAGUGUGGUCAAGUAUUGGAUGGAGGGAGAAGUUACAAACUUCAUAAAGGUAUGGACUUUAGCAUGCAUAUCUCUCUGCUAUUGCUAUUUUGCAGCCAAGCUGGUGCAAAAGGGUGCACCAAGGCUCUUCUCUCUCCUCCCUGUUGUUUGUCUCUUCUUUCUUCUCCCCCUAAGCCUCCACUCCAUUAAUCUUGGUGGCACCACUGGUUUCUUCCUUGCUUGGCUUGCCAAUUUCAAGCUUCUACUCCUUGCCUUUGGCCGUGGCCCCCUCUCCGACCCUUCCAUCUCUCUCCCUCGUUUUCUCGCCCUUGCUUGCUUCCCCGUCAAUGUCCAGAACAGCAGCUGCAGAGGAGAAACCCCAACUUCACACGAACCCCAUUUUCAAGAAACCCCAAAGGAAAAGACUGAUCUUUACACUCAAAACGAGACUUUUCAAGAAAACCCACACCAGCAAGCAUUGGAAAAAUCUCAUCUUUCCCCACAAAAUGGAGCUUUUCAAGAAAGCCCACACCCAGAAUCCCAGGAAAGAUCUGAUCUUUCCUCCCAAAAUUGGAAUUUCAGUGAAAAUCCAUCUGCUGAAAGAUUAAAAUCGCCUCCGAAAUUCGUGAUUUACGCAGUAAAGGCUCUUCUGCUAAGUCUGAUGAUACAAGUUUACAACUACAGCGAGCAUAAACAGCACAAAACAAUGACAAAGAUUCUGUAUGUCAUCUUCAUUUACAUAUACUUGGAGAUCAUACUAUCCAUUCUUUCAGACAUGACUAGUGGAAUUCUUGGUCUAAAUCUGGAGCCCCAAUUCAAAGACCCGCUUUUCACUAGUUCCCUACAGAACUUCUGGAGCGGAAGAUGGAACCUCAUGGUCAACCGGAUUCUGCGCCCCACCGUCUACGACCCGGUUCUCCACUUCUGGGCCGACCGGUUCGGCCGGAGAUGGGCGGCGUUCCCGGCCGUGAUGUCGACUUUCGCCGUGUCCGGUUUGAUGCACGAGCUGAUGUUCUACUACUUGGGCCGGGUCAAGCCCACCUGGGAAAUCACCCUGUACUUCGUCCUCCAUGGGAGCUGUCUGGCGGUGGAGAUCGGGGUGAAGAAGAAGCUCAAAGGGAGGUACCAGCCGCCGAGGUUUGUGGCGGCGGCGCUGUCGCUUGGGUUCUUGAUUGGGACGGGCUUUUGGCUCUUCUUCCCGCAGCUGCUGCGGUGCCGAGCCGACGCCAAGGCGGUGGCGGAGUAUGCUAAUGUCGGCCUGUUUCUCAAGGAUUUGGGCAGAGCUUUAAAUUUGGGUUUUGAAUGAGAGAGAGGACAGAAGGUAAACAAGACCAUGUUUGGAUUGACAAAUGAGUUAAAUGAGAUGUUGAAAUAAGUAUUACUCACUCUUUCUUAUAGAAUUUGUCCUCUAAAUUUUUCUUAAUUAAUGAUAAAAAAUUAUCAUUGACUACAAACGUCAAAUAUAUAUAAAUAUUCUAGAAAGAGUGAUAUUAUCUACUACUCCGUAUUUGUUUGAAAAAGUUCGUUAGGAAAUCUACUCUUGACACUAUUUUUGAUAUUACAAAAAAAAAUUAUCGAUACAAAAAUGUCAAUAAAUAUCUAUGUAAAUU